AUGAGCUGUGCAUAUGUUGUGCUUUUAACAUCCGUAGCUCGUAUGGUCGUGACAGGAUGGGAGGAUCCAUAUUCAUACUACGGUCUAUACGAAAAUCUAAUUGUCAAUGAGUUUCCUGUGCCUCCGCCUCAACUUGGCAUACACAUGUCCCCGAGCAAAGUUACCACACAUGGCACUCAUAUUGUCGCAUACUGCUCUGUAGUGAAAGACUUGAGACAGGUUGUAGACACAAUCAUUCAAGGACGGCAAGAACUGACGCAAAAGCCCGAAGAUAGAGACAAAGCUUAUCUGACGGCUGAGGAUACCUGUGCCAGGUCUAUCGCCAAAGGAACAUCUCCCGACUCACCUGCCAAGCCCAUGUCCCAGAUCCUCGGAAACGACUGUAAACCCGAGCACUUGAUCAGCUUGGCCUUCAAGGGCCUGAUUGGAGUUGAGGGACAAUAUGCAUGCUUUGCACCACGAAUGAGAGACCAAGCUAUAAAAAUCGAUGCUGAUACGCCCAUACAACUGGAGAAAUUUCUAUCCGGAGGUCAUCUACUCACGGGGAAUAGUGCUAGAUCAAGCGAUGAAGCAGUAGCCUGGUUCCAAGGGAAUCUACAUUUGUUCAAAAAGAUCGGAUUCAAUACCGAUGGCUACCAAUGGUGGAUUCCAAUCACUUCGAUCGGUGACGAGAAUGCCAAUGGGCACAUAUUAUCGGAAUUCAUUCAAAGCAACAUACCCAAAAUUCGCGAGUUUACAAAAGCCAUGAAGGACUUCCAAAUGCUCAGUGUGACACUCGGAAAGAUGAAAACGACACAAAUCCUAUCUCUUCCAAGUCAAGAAAAUGCGGAAGAAAUUUCCCCUCGUUAUCACCAAAUUUUCCGUGAGAGAAACAUUGAUAAUCAUUAUCCAAAAUAUAUUUUUUUCCUUAAAAUAACUAGCAUUCCUGCUUAUAUCGAGAAGAAAAUUUUCCGACGCAAUACGAACAGGGCAGCUACAAACAACCAUAGACAAGAAUUUUUUUUAACCAAAGGAGUUGCGACUAAUCGUAAUAUGUUCAACAUGGAAAACUUUCACUCGAUAAAAUGGGCUCGUUCUUUUCUAAGUGGUGGAUUAAUUGAAAUUCCACCUCAAUCCAAUCCAGAAGAGGCUGCCAUGAGUUUGGUGGAGAUUGGUGGGAGAGGAUUCUUGGGUCAAAAAAGUGUCGAGCCACUAGGGAAAAAGAGAAGAAUGGAAUAA